GCGGUUGCACUAAGCGUGGGGAUGUUUUGUUUUAUUGAGGUUCUUUCCCCUUCCUCAGCACCUCCUUAGAGUCGUCAGGGUGUUUCCUGCACUGCCAGCUGCUUUUGUUGGUAUUUUUAUCUCUUCCUGCAUGCGAUGGCAGGGCGUGGGUAUCUGCCAUCACCAGCAGCUUGCAGGCACAGGGCUCGUGGCUGGGAGGGGACGGCUGCUCGCCGGGGUGGGCAGCAGCGGGGCAGAAACACCGCUGUCGGGCCUUGUGCUCUGCAAGGUGGCAGCCUGGGAGCAGAGUCCUCCAGCUCACACUGCUCACUGGACUCUCAGCCCGAAGUUAAACCUUCUGUAGCUCCAGCAGGGACUGGAUCAGGUUCCUGGCAAAUGCCCUCCAGCCAAGUCAUGCCCUCUAAGUCUCCCCUUUACAAGGCUGCGGACGGUAGCACCCUUACAGCAGGGAAAGACGCAUCCUCCACCCUGCUGGUGAAGCAACUGGCACUAACGAGCCCUGGUUCCAGGCUGGGCUGUGGGGCAGGGUGCCCCGGUCAGGUGCCCACGGCUGCCCAGCAGGGCCGUGCCAGAGGAGGACAGGCACGACAGCACUGCCAUCAGCUGCGUGUGACUUCUGUCACCCAGAGUCGCCUCCAAGGCGGAUGGGACGCAGGGAAGUGACACCACCCAGGGUGACAUUCCUGGGCAGGGCUUCCUCUCCUCCUGGAGCAGCCCGAGUUUGCCAAGAGCCCCCCUGCUGCACUCACAGCGGGGUGGGCGCAAAGGCAGGUGCUUGGCACGCAGCGCUGCCUCGCCACGAAGACCUUCCCCCUUCCAUUCGGAUGCUGUCACCAGCUCCGCAUUUCACCCCCAAAUAAGGCUGUCACAAGGGCAGGUGAGCACAAGCACACUUGAAUUUCACCAGAGAUACCCCUCAGGAGCCUACAGUGCAAAAGGCACUCCAAAAAGACAUGGAGCUAUUUCCCUGGGAGGCUCUUCCACCCGGCAAAGCCGCCCAGGCGGUGUCAGGUGCGAUGGAGCCCGUGGCUUGGCCCCGAUGGAGGGGCACGGGGCAGCUGAGCCGUACAUCCCGGCGAUGCGCCCGAGACGCCUCACAGAGCUGCGGGUGCUGCCGGUGACAGGUGGAGCCCACAGAGGAAGUGCCCGGCAGCGAGAGCCACGCAUCGAAGGAAGGAUGUUCGGGCACAUGCAGCUGCCGGGAGAUGAGGUUACAAUGCAAAGCUAAACAAAGAUCUCAGCGAGAAGGAAACGGAUCCCUCCUGCCGCCUGUAAGGUAGGAGCCCGGCAGCGGCUGCUUGACAUCAUCGGGACGAGCAUUGGAUUACAGCAGGCAGGGACUCACCCGGCGGGGAGCAGAACACGCCCCUCGGCCCCACAAGUGCAACUUCAUUUAGCAGCUCCCAGCACAAGGAAGCCGUGAGUCUGGAGCUGGCUGCGGCCAACCUGGCUGGCGGGGCGCGUUUCCAGCCCUGAAUCCCUCUGGCAGCAGCGGGGCUUUGGGACUCGAGCAGCAGCCGGAGCCGUCGUGCCCAAGCCACUGCCCUGCUGUGUAUGAAGCUUGUCUGAAGUCAUGUCCAGAAGGAAAGUCAACUAACCCAGGAUUUUGGAUGUGCAUAGAAAUUCAAUGGAGGUAGAGUCCAGCACAUACACUGACUUUAUUUCCUGCGAUCGGGCUGGCCGGAGGAACGCUGUCCACGACAUCCAGCGAGAUGCAACCACCAUCAGCAUGCGCAAGCUGACCGAGGACAUCAGUGACCUCACCGUCGAAGGGGCAGACAGCGAAGCACCUAGCACCUCUUCUGAGAGCGACCCUGGAGCACGACCAAAGGAGCAAGAAAACAAACCCUCUCCAUGACAGCGUGCAGGGGGCGGGAUGGGGCAGCAGGAGGGACUUGCUGUGAAUGUUAAACGAGAAUUUGCUAUUGAAUUUGUGGACAAAAGCCAACCUGGACCAGGCAGUUGUCUGUCACACGCCUCUGCAGCAGCCAUUUUGUUUAGAACACCGCAAGAUGCUGCACAAGGACUGGUACCUCCAAAAGACUUCUGCUCCCAUCCCUAAUGAUUUAGAGCAACACUGCAGUGUUUGUAGUGACAUGAGCCAUUCUCAAGAUGCCUUAGCUGCAAUUUUCCCCUACGGGAAAAAGCGAUUUCAGUAAUAAUAUACACACCAGACUUUCCUGUCCAAGGUACCUUCCCACUAUUGCAAAUUUAGCCUAUUAUUUAUUCCGUUUCCGUAGAUUAGAAGUUUAGACAAUUGGUUUUUCCACACACUGCCCUCAUCCUGCAUCUCACAGCUGAGCUGGCCUCCGGACUGCCCGUGGGGCCGCUCGCCAGGGCAGGCAGCAGGGGGGACCUGUCCCGUCCCGCACGUCCAUGGCCAGCCCCAUGCAGCCCCACUGCUGCUGCUCAGCACCAGGAAAGGACCAAAGCACAGCCCUGUGUGGACAAGCUCCACCGAGAGGCCCAGCAGCAUCAGCCACAGGCAUCUUUUUCUUUGGGUUUUAGCAUUUUAAAGUAUUGUUAAGGGGAGGGGAGAAACAUUUUGCUGUUUUGACUGUUGAAAUUCAGGCUUAACUUCGCAAGCUGUUAGCUGAGAUUAUCUCCGGUAGGAUCUCACACCAUUCUCUCUUUUAGGAGACAUGUUUUGUGUUAAAGAUGGUUUGAUAAAACUAUAUAAGCUGUUGGAAUAAAUAACACAGCCUUCAAGUACUGAAAGUAUUCUGCCUGGAUGGUUGUUCUUCCUCCGUUUCACCUUGUAACAGGUUGGGCUGCAAGGAGGUUACACCAGCCUCUAACAGGGAGAUAGGGAACUGUAUGACAAGAGAGUCCCUUCUGUUUGGGGCUGUGAAACCUCCCCAAACAUUUGCAGCUCCCAGUUAGAAGCAGAUUUAAAGUUGGGGGUGCAGAAUGCCAAAAAUCUGCCCUGACUUGCCCAGGUUUGCUGCAAGGCACCGCUUUUCCAGGUUUACUGGAAGUCAAGCAGAGUAAAGCUGGCUUAGGACUUGGCAGAGCAGCCGAGACACCAGGAGAAGAGAUGCCGGUGGGAAGAGAUGUCCUCAGCACAGCACCAGGCUACAAGGACAUCCAUCACUCACGUUUCAUCCACCCAGGACAGAUGAUCCCAGCAGAGCUCUGGGAGACGGCUCCAGCCCCACAGGGAUCGGUCCUGCAAUGGACAGGGCAAGGCAGAGCCAGCCUGAGAAAGCCUUCAGCAGUGACAUGGGGACAAGCACCUCGACAGCUUCGGGAAGAACUGAACGUUACAACUCUGAGAUUUAUCAGAGCAAACAAGGCCAUAAAUAAGCAGAGAAGUUGCUGCCAGACAGCAGGCGAAUUGUCUGUGGGUCUCCAAGAAGCGAUGGCUGCGGGAACAGGACAGAGAUGGAUGUUGCUCCAGCCUGCCCAGGAAACAAGGACUUGGCAGCCAGGUAGAGGCUGCAUCUGCUUCCUUGGCAGCCCCACACAAGCUCCCCCCGAGCUGCCUGGAUACUAUUGCAGCUCUGUUCCCAGACGGCGGCCAAGAGCCUGCUCCCUUUUCCCCGUGCUGAGGGGCAAACAAGCAGGUAGCUCCUGAUCUUGGCUGACAGGCGGUUUGGUCUUCAGGCCCUAUUUCCAGCUCUCCUCGCUUCCACCGAGCAGUAUUUUUGGCUCAGACACGUAUACGAAGCAAGCUGAAAGGCAGUGCAGAGGGACUGUGCACCACGCAUGACCUCCAGCAGUCAAGAGAAGGCUAAUCUUGGGUCUCCCUGGUCAGAAGAUAGCUGCCACAGUUAUAUUUAGGCAGAUCACCAGUGACCCGUCGGCCAGCCACCCUCGGAGCACAGGCAUCAGGUUCCCCCCACAAGUAAAAGAGCCAGGUCAGCUGCCAUCGCUGCAGGACCAAGGGCACUGGAUGAAUCCAGCGAUGUCCUGACUUGCAGAGCUGCUGAGUGCACAGAUGCUCUGAGCCCCUGAUUUCAGCUGAACAUACAGGCAUGAGGGACCUCCACCAGCUCCACCCGAGUGCUAAGCGAUGGGAAAGUCGAUCAAAAAACACCCAAAACACCCUCCUGCCUGAGCUGAUACCACAGUCCAGAAGCCUUGCAGACCAGACCGUACUGCUUCUGGCCCUCAGCAUCAACAAAGCGUGCAAAACUCAGGAAGUGGGGAGAAAAUAUCAACUAUUUGUGAUACAUGACAGAAAAAGUGAUAAGGAUUCUGCUUCUAGGGUAAGAUAUGCAUUUCUACGAUUACUGAAAAGACGCAAGGUUGGAACAACUUGCAUCAAUAAGUCCAGCUUGUAAGUCUAACAAGGGAGCAUGAGUACCUUUCCUCUUCUGUGCCCUACAUUAAAACUUUCAAAGCUACCUGCUAGCAGUGGGAGGCAGGAAUUGGGCUGCCACACCAACCAAUUGACCCCUCUGCCUCUAGCAGGGGUACAACGGCUCACAUUGCAGCCUGCGGAACAGCUCCUACCAGUCAUCUCCCUUGAGCAGAAAGGCGAGAGGAUUUCUGUUUUAAUAUAAAUUUGUUAUUUUAUUAAACGGGAUUAACAAUCAACUGUCCAGGAUCCAAACAAGCAGCUUCUUCAGAAACAAAUUUUGGAGAAAAAUUAACUCAAAAAAGCCUGGCUCUAACAGCAACCAUAUUCUUAAAAGUGAUGAUUUAUAAUUUGCUUACAAAAAAAAAAAGUUAGAAAUUCACUCUCUCCUAUCUAUCUAGGUGUAUAUAUGCACCACGUAUUUCAGAGAUGAGUAUUUUACUCAGAAGACAAAUAUGGAAGCCUAGAAAGAAAGGAAACAUUCCCAGCACUGGGGCGCUGCUGGCUGAGGCUGGGCAGCCACUGUCCAGGACCACCACGGCCCUUCGCCAAAGGCAACUUUUUGGUGUAGUAUCUUUGGAGCAUGCACCUUCGCAGACGCCUGGGAUGCUGCAGCAUGCCACACACACCACGCUCCCUCCUCAUGUGCAUCGAGGAGCUCUUUGUCAGUAGGAAAACUGUCACUUCUCUGGCUGCAUGGCUCUAUUGCAUAUUUAGUAAAAAUACUGUAAUGCACCAAAACGGCUUAGGAAUUUUGGUGAAUAUUUCCUUGCAAGUUCUCCACCAAACUCAAGGUCUGACUCCUAGCAGGUGUUGUGGUUAAGCGAGAAAAGCAAUUCAGAUGGGACCUGAGUCAAUAUUUGAUAUUGGGCCCUAGCUUAUUAAUCACUGAGUUUAAUAGUGCCGUAAGAUCAUGUCACGUUAGGAAAAGCGCAGAAUGGUUAAAACAGGCAAUCGAGCACAAUUUUUCUAAGGUCCUAAACAAGGAUGCAGGAAGAGCAAAAUGCAGUUUACAGGAAUCGUCUAGGAUGAGUACAAAACUGGGGAAGUCCCAGAAGGCAGAUUUGGGCCCAAAAUGGUAAAAAUCCAUUCCAACUUCCUAUGCAUGUGUGAGCACGCUCACAGCCAGCUGUGAGCUCAGCUGGAGCCCACGGUGUGCGCUUCCGCAGCAGUGACGUUGUAAGGCCCGAUACACAGAACUCCUUGGCUGAGGGAGGAUGCCAAAAAAGGCUUUU